AUGGCUUCAGAGUAUGAACAACUGCAGAGAUGUUUGCAAAGGCGCCGCUUGACUGUCAACUGUUUGCCAAACUGUGUAGAGGACAACAAAACAUUUCCAUUCUCCCAGGAGAAAACAUUCAAAGCAUGGAGAUCUCUGGAGAAUCUGGACAGUCCAGGCUUCAAAGCAGACUGCCCCAAGGCAAAGGACAGACCUGAAUGCCAACAGAGCAUCAAUGUUAAUGUUGGGGGCAAAGUGUUUCAUAUUCCUAAACAGUAUGCCAUUAAAUAUCCUCAAACCAGGAUAGGUUCAUUGGCCCUCUGCAGGGACAAAGCAAAACUCCUCAUGCUGUGUGACGACUAUUCUGUAUGUAAGAACGAGUUCUUCUUUGACCGUGACCCUACUUUCUUCCACCACAUCCUCCAUUUCUACACAAGUGGAGUGUUGUGGGUCAUACGGGAAAUGUGCCCUAUCAACUUCGAGGAAGAGAUCGCAUACUGGGGUCUGAGCCUGAAGGACACCCAGCUCUGCUGUUGGUUGGUGUUCGAGGAAAGGGUCGACGACGUGAGGGACAACCUGAAGGUGGACAGGGAGUUGAUGGCUGAGAUUGAGGUAAAAUCCAAUGAUGAGUGUUUCAAGGACAUGAUGUUUGGGGAUAUCCGUAAAAGUCUGUGGAACCUUGUGGAGGAUCCAUACUCUUCAGCUCUGGCAAAGGCCUUUACUGUGGUCUCUAACCUUUUUGUGCUUUUCUCUAUUGUUGCAAUGACUCUCAACACUGUGGAGGAACUUCAAAUGUAUAAAAUGAACAACAGAACACACAUGGAAUGGGUGGAGAUCAUUACCAUUGUGUUCUUCACCUUUGAAUAUUUAAUUCGCCUUGUCACCACUCCUAACAUCACAAUGUUUUUGAAGAGUGGACUUAACUUUGUGGAUAUGGUGGCAGUCAUGCCUUAUUUCAUCCAGAUCAUCUUUGAUGCCUCUACUGGCAGUGAGGACGUGAAGGGACAGGAGGACCUUAGGACCAUGGCUCGGGUCAGCAAGGUCAGCCACGUCCUCAAAGUCAUCAAGCUGCUGAGAAUCUUUCGGAUUUUAAAGUUGGCUCGACACUCCACUGGCAUGAGAGCGUUUGGCUUUACUCUGCGGCAGUGUUACCAGCAGGCCUGUUGCAUUUUCCUUUUCAUUGCCAUGGGCAUCUUCACUUUCUCUGCUCUCCUUCAUUCAGCUGAGAGGGAAACUGAGGGAUCUCCUAUCACCAGUAUUCCAUAUGCCUGGUGGUGGGCUGCAGUCAGCAUCUCCACUGUUGGCUACGGGGAUGUGGUUCCUGUGACUAUCCUGGGCCGCUUUGUGGCUUUCGGCUGCAUCUCAUUUGGCAUCAUCCUCAAUGGCAUGCCGAUCUCUUUCCUCUUUAACAAGUUCUCUGAUUACUAUGCCAAGCUAAAAGCCCAGGAGUACAACACUACCUUAGUGCAGCGGCGCUUUCAACUGAAGAAGCGCCUCAGGCGCAAAAUGGACAUGUGUUUUCAUCCCUCAGAGGAAGACAAUGACAGCAGAUUUCAGAGUCCCCAAAGUUAAAGUUAGUCCGAAUCUUUUUUUUAAAUUUAACAUUGUAUACGUGUUGCAUGGUACACUAGGAAAGUAUGGUGGCCAUAAAACUUGUAAAACAAAGUGCGAAAGGCCCUAUCUUUAGCCAUUGCUUGGUUUAUCUGCUCUGGGCUACUAUAAAAACAUGGUGGUGCAUGUAAGAGGAACUGCUCGGUUUGUGAAACUCUUUUCUCUUGGUAUUUACAGAGAGGAGAGUUUGAUAUUUAAAAAAAAAAAGAAGAAGAAGAAUAUGAUGUGAGGAAGUGAGGAAGUGGGAAGAAAAAAGUUUCUAGAUGCACUUUGUCAUCGGAGUUGAAAACCACAGUAAAAAAUUGUGCAAGUUUCAGUUUUUAAAAAAGAGAACUUGACUUUAUGACACGGUGGACGACGAUGACUAAACACCACUUUUUGUUGCUGUCAGUUACAUAUGGAUUUUUUUAAAACAUGUUUACUUUUUGGGUUGAAUUGUUUUUUAUAAUGUAUUAAGGGUUACCUUGCCUGGUAAUAUUGCUUUGUUUUAAUGGUUUUAUCAUGUUUCCACAUUAAGAAAUUAAACUGGAACACUAACUAUCAUCCAUUGACAUCUGAUGACUAAUUUCUCAUGGUGGGAAACUUGCUCGUGGUCUACACAGUUGAAAUAACAGACCACAACAGUUAGCACCUCUGCAAGAAACAAUUGUCUCUGUGUGUGACAAUGAUGCAGAUGACAGCGACGAGAUUAGACUAAGACAAUAAAA